UCUAUUACAGGUCAGAUCAGUGUUCAGAAGAAAUGUUUCACAUCCGUAGGACAGGAGAAUACGGUUCAGAUCGGUAUCAGCCACUCAGGAAUCAAGGACAUGCCCUCCUGCAUUGUGAAAGGUUGCACGAGUACGUGGAGGAAAAAAGAUCCAACAGUUACUCACCACAGUUUCCCAUGGGAGCCCGAAAGAAUUAGAAUUUGGUUACUACAAACCGGCCAGUAUGAUGCGAAUAUGAACAAAAUGAUCCAGAAGAUUUUAGAUGGGAAGGUUAAUGACACCUACAGGAUGUGUUCCAAACAUUUCGAGCACCAUUGUUAUACCUACGAAGAGGAUCGUAAAAGACUACGCAAGGAUGCUAUACCAACAGUAUUUCCACCUACCUCUGGCCUUCGUCAACAAAAAGCGUCAACGUUGACAACUACGCAACAUAUAACACCGGUCUGUACACCAACGACAACCAUUGUCACCUUCAGCAGUUCUUCUUCUGGAUCACACACAUCAACCACUUCAGCUUUGUCUCUGGGUUCAUCUAUUUCCUCUGUAGUAUCGGUAACAUCACCAGUACUUCCAACUUCUGAACAACAUUCCACUAACUCUUCCUCAGAUGUAGUACUAUCUGUCCCACCAAAUUCUGUGAUCCUACCGCCAACAUGGCCUCCUUUAGAAAUCUUUCCAUCGUCACAAUCAACUAGUCAAAGAAAGGAAAACUUGGCUCCUCAAAAAAGGGACUUUUCGACCAACACCAUGCCAUUUUUGUUCUUUCCCCCAAAGGGUCCGAAGGUGGUUUCGCAAAGAAAACAACGUAAAAGGUUAUGCAGCAGCCUCCCCUCUUUCGAUGGUAUUCCGACAAAUGCACCUGAAUGUUUACCAUCUGAAGUUCUUCCCCAUAUGUCUAGUGAACUAAUCUCCAUUGAAAUACUAACCAGCGACACAGAGGAACAAGAACCAUCAGAAGUUUCUUCUAACCUGGAACCAUUCGAGAUGCCGUCUGAAACGUCCACUGAAAGUACAGGAAGUGAGGUCACAAUGACUUCAAAACUUUCUAAAAAAAGAUCAACGCCGUUCAACCUACGGGCAGCGUCGCAAAUCGAAAUUCCUGAAUUCAUCAAGGAGCAUAAUUAUUACUCAAACAUUGAGCAAGAAGAUACAGGUCUAUCUGAUAUGUCCCCACAACCAACAGAGAGCAUCCAUCCUGACCCACAACCAACAGAGGGCAUCCAUCCUGACCCAAGUGAUACUGUUGAGCCAAUUUCACUCAUAGAGUUUCGUGAUCAAAAAGAACCAGCCAUGGUUGUCUGUUUUGUGAAGGGUUGUACACCCAAGUCGAGAGAAGGGCGGGGUGACGUCACUCUUCACGUCUUCCCAAAAGACAAAGAUAAAAUUAGAGAGUGGCUGAUGGCCACAGGGGAAUCUAUACCGAAUAUAGAAGAAUUGGUGAACAAGAUUUAUGACACUAAAAAAGUAGAUUUAUACAGGAUGUGUUCUCUGCAUUUUGCGCCUAACUGUUAUAUUUUCAACCCCAAAACGGGGAAAAGACGGUUGGCCAACAUGGCGGUCCCUUCGAUUUUCCCUAGAAAACCUAAAACUGCUGAGUGCUCGUCUCAGGUUACUUCCCCACGAUUAGGAAAACGAAGAAGAGUCACAAUAGCGGCUGGAAGCAGAUGCCCAACGUGUAACCAGAUUGUUGGGUCCAGCCAAGAUUUUCAGCCGGUAACAUCAGAGCCAAGAAAAGAAUUUGCUGAGAAAUUCACGAUUUUUGAUCGUACCUACGGCACAGCAUCAAAAUACGUGCAAACCUAUCUUAGAACGUUUAGUGUAAAAUCACAGUGCCAAAUGAGACCCCCCAAAAAAACAUCCUGCCAAACUUCAGCUCUUACCAAUGUUUUUGUGUUUGGUUCUCCCAUCCAAGGAACUACAAGUGGUCCGCCUGUCCAAGGAACAACAAGUGGUCCGCCUGUCCAAGGAACAACAAGUGGUCCGCCUGUCCAAGGAACAAGUGGUCCGCCUGUCCAAGGAACAACAAGUGGUCCGCCUGUCCAAGGAACAACAAGUGGUCCGCCUGUCCAAGGAACAAGUGGUCCGCCUGUCCAAGGAACAAGUGGUCCGCCUGUCCAAGGAACAAGUGGUCCGCCUGUCCAAGGAACAAGUACAGAAAAAAGCUCUUCUCAGAAAGAAACAGAAUUAUCCGAUAUUCCUCAAGAACCUUCACAUACAAUACCCAUUGAAUCCACACCCAUUAAAACAAUACCGCAUACCCAAACCUCAGAUGCCGAGGUGGUGAACAGAGAAGGUUUACAAGCUGAACCUAUUGUGAAAAUGGCUGAGAGAGGCAUUUCCAGCAAACAAAGGGUCUUUUCCAUAGGUAUACAGGAAGAACAGCCAAGUCUAAUUUCCGAGGAUACUAAUCACCCAGGCAACUCCUGGGCAGAAAGUCACAGAAGGAGGAAGAAAUCUGUGGAUAUUAUGGAUGAUCAGCUUGGAAAUUUGGAAGACUUGUUUUCAAGAAUGCCGGCAUGUGUGGUGAACGGGUGCUCCACGGCCAACAGAGGUUCCGAAACUCUCCAUAUGUUCCCUAGGGACAAAGGACGAAUCCGAACUUGGUUAAUGGCAACUGGACAAUACUCCCAUGACCUAGAGGAGGCCGUGAACAAAAUAUUUAAUGCUACAAAAAAGAGUGACUCGUAUCGGAUGUGUGCAAAGCAUUUUGCACCUUAUUGCUUUAUCUACAAUGCUAAAACUGGAAAACAAAUAUUGACCAAGAACGCUGUGCCGACGAUAUUCCCACACCGAAAUGCGACGGCCUUCCCUCCAGCAACGAAAAGGAAACGUAGUGAGAUGGCCGCAUAUACUCAAGAUUCAGACUCUGAAUUCUCAUCAACAGACGAGUCUGGGGAAACUGAAGAUUCACAAGAAGAUUCAGAAAAAGAAAAUUACAAUGUAGAAGGCGAAGAGGUAAUUUUUUCCAAAAGAAAUUUCGGCGACCAUCCUCCCUGUUAUAUACAUCCGGUUAAACAGCGGAAAUUUAUCGUCUUUGAAAAUUCUCUAGAUGAACUUAUCCUGAAGAUCCCGUGCCAAUCGGCAGAGUGCACUAGUCCAAUAACAAAAAUUAUAAAAAAGAGGACAGGAUCUUAUAUUUCCAUCUUUGUUGAAUGUGCCGACCACGAUUAUAAUCUCCUAUGGGAAAGCCAGCCCACGAUUGACGGUAAACCGCUCGGAAACGUAAUCUUAGCCUCCGCAAUAUUUGAGAGUGGUAAUAGUUUCCCUAAAAUGAAACAAUUUUUCCAUCUGAUGAACAUUAUGGCGAUGUCAGAGAACGCUUACUCCAAGUAUCAGCAUGAUUAUAUUUUCCCAACAAUUGAGCAUUCCUGGAAAAUCAGCCAAAUGGCGAGUAUAGAAAAUGUACAAGGACCUCCUGUGUGUAUCUCCGGAGACGGGCGAUGGGACUCCUUGGGAAACAACGAUAAGUUUUGUGUCUACAGUAUGAUGGAUAUGGAGACCAAAAAAAUCCUAUCUUUCGAUGUUCAACAAUCCGCAAUGGGCGUCUCCUCUCCUGAAUCUGAAAAGAUAGCGUGUAAAAACGCACUGGACUUUCUCUUGCAAAAUGAAAUCAGCGUCAAAUUACUCUGCACCGAUCGCCAUUUUCCCAUAAGAAAGAUGGUGAAGGAGGAGUAUCCUACAAUUACCCAUGAGUUUAAUGUGCGGCAAAUCGCCAAAAGUGUGGGUGACAAACUGCUUGAUGCCAGUCACGAGAAGGACUGUGAAGACCUUGCGGAAUGGGUUGGGGCGAUACAAAGCCACUUGCGAUGGUGUUCGGACUCCUAUAAUGGAGAUGAUUCCCUUCUCAUGGCCAAGUGGAAUUCUAUCCUCUACCAUGUGCAGAAUGUCCACGCCUGGGAGGACAAGGACGGUAAAUAUUCUUCUUGCCAACACAAGCAUCUCCCCGAGGACACGACACGGAAGAGGAAAUGGCUGAAAACAAAUAGCCCGAGCUUCAAAGCUCUAAAGAAAAUCGUAUUGGACAAAAGACUCCGAAAGGACAUUAAGCGGAUCUGUCAUUUCUGUCACACCGGAGACAUAGAGGUUUUCCUCAGCGCCAUUGUGAAGUACCAAAGUGAUCAGAAGGAGCAUCAGCACGUCACCAUCGAUGAAAUGUACGCACGCACUCAAUUGGCUUCCCUGGACCACAAUACUAGCUGCAGAAAGAUCCGGGCCAUGGCACGGCGGUCAUCGAGAACAAGUGCAGGGUCCCAUAGAUAUAAUACGGCCGACUCCAAGGACAGAAGUGAACGGUAUGGCCCGGAGAUGUACAAACCCACCAACCAGGACUUCUUAAUCGAUUUGAUGCAGGAAGUGGUGGAAUUGGUUUCUGGGAAUCGCAGUUUUGAGUGGAGCUCACACACAAUUCCUAGGCGCCUGAACACAUAAUUCCAGAUGUGAAGCCGGAUGUAAAGUCCAUUGUUUUUGCAACGUAAAAGUCGACAGGAACAAAUGUUUUUGAUGCCCAUCAGUAUGGAGGGUCUAGUAAAACUUUCUCCAUGUUCUCUCUAUGAUUUUGACAUGAGGUUAAUUUUCAGGAGAAAAAAAAGAAUCGUGUUUUGACGUGGUAACAUUGCCCCGAGUACGAUCUACAAGUUUACAUAUUUGUGAAAUUUUUCAGGUUACACAUUACGUAUGCAUACAUCCCAGGAUCGCGCUGUUCUCGACAGCAUUAACCCCAUAGAUGCUGUGAUCAGUCAUGAUCACGGCAUCUAUGGGAUUGACAGGGGGAGAGGGCUGCCCAUGUCCACCAAUGGCGAUCCAGUGUUACGAUGGCGGGAUCUCGUUGGUUGCCAUGGCAGCAGGAGGCCAGCUGAUGGCCUCCUGUUUGCCUAGUACGGCAGCCUGUGAGGUCCAGCCAUAGGCUGAAUGUCAGUGUAUAUUGACUGUUAUACAGGGAUGUGGAAAUAAAUAAAAAAAUACUUGUCCAAAGGACUAAAACAUAGCACAUCUACUUGUCCCUCAUGACCAUCCAGUUGAUCUGGUGCAUAAAAUUAUUUCAACCAAAAUAGUAUGUAAAUAAGGUCUUUAUUAUUAGAAACGUAAUAGGCAGAUCACUAUGUCACCCCAUUAGGUGCAUAGGGCCCCUGAUAAG